GCGGAGCGGGGCGGGCACGAGUGGCUGCGCCGGGGGAGCUCCGGCUGGCCGGCGGGGAUCGGCUCGGGCCCGGCCAUGUCCGAUUACCGGAUCUCGGUGGAGGAGCUGAACGACCUUCUGGCUAAUGGGAGCGGCUGCUACAGCCUCCCCAGCGCGCACAGCAACGAGGUGGUGCCGCGCAUCCACGUGGGGAACGCGUUCAUAGCCAAGAACAUUAUGAAGCUGCAGCGUCUGGGGAUAACCCAUAUUCUGAAUGCAGCAGAGGGGAAGUCGUUCAUGCAUGUGAACACCAAUGCAGAGUUCUAUGAAGGCACAGGCAUCAGAUACCAUGGGAUUAAAGCUAAUGAUACGCAAGAGUUUAACCUCAGUCGCUAUUUUGAGGAGGCAGCUGAUUUUAUUGAGAAAGCACUUUCCCAGAAGGAUGGACAAGUGUUUGUGCAUUGCCGUGAGGGCUACAGCCGUUCUCCUACGCUGGUCAUUGCCUACCUCAUGCUUCGCCAGAACAUGGAUGUCAAGACUGCACUGAUCACGGUCCGGCAGAAGCGAGAGAUUGGCCCCAAUGAUGGCUUUCUAAGGCAGCUCUGCCAGCUCAAUGAGCGCUUAGUGAAGGAGGGCAAACUGAAACCCUAGAACAAAGCACUCUAGUAUUUUUUGAAGUUUCUCAGAGGAUGUCUUAGAUGCUUUAGAUUCUCAACCCCGAAGCACCAAGCUCAGUCAUUUACUGUGAGGGAGACAGAAUUCCUGCUCUUGUCUAGUGAAAGUAUCUUUUUAAAACUCUGGGUCUGUCUUUCAAGAUGGCGCAAAAUUGUGUCACUAUUCUGAGCUAUUGCAAUGAAGAGGUGUUUUUAGAGGGGUAACUCCAGUGAUAGCAGCUGUCUUCGCACGUAUGCCAGAGCCCCCUGUGCAGACUCUGUAGCAUGUGUGGUUUGCAUUGACAUUGGGUGUGAUUCAUUUAAGCCUUGUCUUAUAUCCCACCAGAGCACCAUUUUCUGAGAGCCCCAACAGAUCACUCUGAAUUGAAGUACUGUAUUUUCUAAAGCUUCUUUUCAUGCACACAGUGCCUAAGGUUUGAGUGUAGGAGCUUCAAGGAGUGCAGAAGCAUAUAUACAAAUACACGGAAGCACUCACUUGUAAAAUGAAGUGUAUGCAGUGUUGUGUUUAGUGUGGAUUUAUGCAAUACACAGUGUGUGGUAGUAAAGCCAUUCAGAGCCCAAUCUUGAUGCACACUGUAUUUCCAAGAGUAUUUGUACCUCUUGCUCUGGUGAGUGACAUGAAAUAGUCUGAUAUUAAAUGCUCUUUUAUUUUUGUUUUGAACUUGUACUAGAAAACAAAGUCAAGAGCAAAUGUUGAGGAAGAAACUUGAGCAAGGAAGAAAAAAUGGUUUAUAUUUAGGAGUGCUUGUACUGGAUGUAUGAUAAAGUCCUAAGUAUCAGAGUAUAAUGGCUCCUGAGGCUUGUGUGGAAUUACAAUGUCUCUCUCCCUUCUUUCCUUUCACUGUUUAUGAACAUAGGAUGGAAUGACCACAUAUGCAGAUUACUUCCAGUAGGGCAGCACAGCUCUGCCUACAAAGCAGUGUGCAGAAGUACACUCAGGAGUUCUUGGAUUGCUUGCAUGGUGUGAUUAAAUAGAAAUGAGCAUUGUUCCAUACCACAUUGAAUAGGAAACAUUUCCUUUCUGUUAAAAUAAAUGAUGUCUUCAUUCUGUUUGACAUGAAGUUGAAACGAGUCAUUGCAAUGUUAGGAGAGGGAGCCUUGUUUACAGUAUGUCUGAUGGUGUGUAGAUGUGUACCUGGGAGUUAUAGCACAAUAUUAAUGCAAAGGAUCUCUGCAAACUCAGAAUUGUUGGUUAAACUAACAGAACUUGAGAUAUGUGUUCCCUUUUUAUCUGUACUUUAAUGUGGUUCUAGAUUAGAAAUCUUAACAGUAUCUUAAACAAACACUGUUGUAUUAGUAACAUAUGUAAGCCAGGAUCUAGUUUUGUAUGUUCAGUUCACUAAUCAAAAAUCACAAAGGACCUACAUUGUUUUGCUUCUGGUUGUUGGGGUUGUGUGGUUUGGGGUGGGGGUGGGAAUGGUGGGGGGGAAUCCUGCAUAGCUAUAUAACUUCCUUGACAUUAAAAUUCAAAAGUGAGUAUUCUGGUUGAAGACCAGGCUUAUUUCUGUUUCCUUGCACAGGAUGGGAACUGGCAAGUCAAGUAAUCUUUUCUCUUAUGUGUCCUUUAAAGGGACAGCUGGGGAACACUCUCCAUAAUGUUUCCUUUCAUCUCCCUACAGUCAGAAUUUAGUGCUUGCUUUGAAUCAGGAUGGUUCAGUAGUAAGGAGCAGUAGUUAGUUUCAUUGGCUAAUUACAUACCCAUAUAUCAGUAUUACAUACUCAUACACUGUUAGAUCCCAUUAUAUCAGUAUUAAGUGAAUAGCUUCUUCAGAAUUCCCAGUUACUAAUUCCAUGCUGUGUAGCUUGGGGAAUAGGAAUACUGGCCUUAUCUUUUCCACUCUACUGACUUUUCCAUACUGCAGUCUUAUUUAUAAAUCAUGCUUUUAAAACUUUUACUGUGGGCAUAGAAUUUCUCUUUUUAUGUUGUCUCACACCAUGGAUUCCUAAUACCUAUCUGCACUACAGGGAAAAAAAGGGAACUUCACAAGCACGUACUUUGUCUUUGACCUGUUACUUAGAAGUCAAAAAUUCCAGUCCAUUAAAGAGCCAAGAAAGCAUUAGGCAUUAAACUUUUGUUAGUCUUCCAUAGAUUGUAAGAAGGCUGAUAGUUGUCAGAUGAAACCAGAACACUAGUAAAAUGGAGUGUGUUUACCUGGUUUUGUAAGAAAUCCUGACAAAUCAAGACAUAAAGGAAUUUGUUCUUAUAUUUGAGAUAUUCUUUGAAUUCAUAGGACACUGCUCACUUCUAAUGGCAACUUCAGUGCUAAUCUGGCCCAUUUAGUUUAGUGUAACAGAAAUGAUUUAACAAACAAAUGGAGAGAAAAAGGCAGUGCUAUAAGUUGAUUUGACUAUUGAGCUGUAAGAUGGUAUGUCCUAUUUUGAGUUACUGGUGGGUGACUCAGUAAUGAAACCAUUCCUAGCUCUGCUUUUAGAGUAGGCUAAAAAUAGUUUAGAAUGCCAGUCCACUGCUCCAUUAAUGGACCAUAGCCUGCCUCUUUUAGUCUUAUCUUGCUGUUUGAGUACAGUAAUGUUUCAAAUUCUUCUUGCCUGUUUUAGCUGGGCAAGAAGAGCUUGUAUGCCUCAAAUCCAUUGUCAUAUGCUGUAUACUUCUAAAUCUCAUUUUCUGAUUGUAGAAGGAAAGUUUGUAUAAAAUGGGAAUGAAAACUUACUUUCCAGCUCAUAUGAAUCCAAGAAAGUACUAGAAGAAAUGCACCUUUUUAUCCUUCUGAAAUGUGAAAUGUUCCUUACAAACAUGCUAAUUGGGGAAGAUAUUUUUUCAAAUCACUAUUUGUUGCAACACUACGUUUUUGGAGUUGAAACCUCUUCGUUAUAGCUAAAAUAGCGUGAUGUGUUUAUCCUGAAGAGCAGCGUGGUGCUUCUUGGGUAGAUAGCACUCUGGAGAAGGGAUGAAGUUUCUGUAAGAUAUGCAUCUAUCAUAGAACAAACAUGUCUACCAUGUAAAAUCCAGCACAAUGAAAGAAAAAGCAAUAGCUUAGGGGUUUUGUGCUUAAGAGUUAGUGAAGUUGGAGAGGGGGAAAAGUGGAGGUGAGAAGCUGUUAGCAUUUUAUAGCAAGGUACAAAGAGGAGCCUCCAGACAGAUAAAAUGAUGAUAUAUGUAAAACUAAAUUCACCUUCUAGUCAGGCUGAACUAAAUCUUUCUUGGCCUUUCCAUAAGCACAGGAGAGAAGUUCGUAGCUAAAAACUAAGAUUCAAAGCAAACCCCAUGUUUUCUGAGUGCUUUCUUCAUCCCUUGGUCUUGCAGCUGAGACUACAAUGCUGACAACAAGAGUAGGAGCUAGCAUGCAGCUCUGAACCACAGGUAUUGGCAGAACACGCAUGAGAGAAUGUUGCAAUAUGUCACUACUGAAAAGUGAAUAUUCCAUGAAGUUUCAAACUUAGAAUGAAUAGCAUUCAAAUGCAGGGCUAGCAGCUAUUAUCUGUUGGAUUGUAAUUCCAUUUUUGGCUGUUGAGCUUGUGUUAGUAUCGGCCACGUUUUUCACCUACAACUCCCCCCCGCUUUUUUUAUCCUAGUUCUGCUAGCUGAAUGUUUCUAGCACAGAUGGACUAUCUCAUGGAAUCUCCGUACAGCACAGAGGCUUCUUCUAAAAUGACUUUCUGGGCUUUGCCAGUGAGUAAAACCAAAACUAGAAUAAACCUGAGAGGUCUCUUCUAAGGAUUUGUUCAUGAGAAUUAGUGUCCUGUUCAUUUCUUCCAUUUUGCAAAUAAAUCCUGAAAAUGAA